UGGCGAACUCAGUUGCUGUUGAUCUCCAACGAAUAAACACAUAAAAUGAGUUCCAAAAAGUGGGAGAGCAAUGAGGAAAUUCAAAUUUUUCGGGAAUACUUGCAGAUACCAACAGUUCAUCCUGAUGUUGACUACACCGACUGUGUGGAGUUCCUUAAACGUCAGGCUAGCUCCUUGAAUCUUCCCGUGGAUGUGGUUUAUCCAGCGGUAAAAACCAAACCUGUGGUGAUCAUUAAGUGGCUAGGAAGCCAGCCGGAACUGCCCUCAAUUAUUCUUAACUCCCAUACGGAUGUGGUUCCCGUCUUUCGGGAGAAGUGGACCCACGAUCCCUUCGCAGCGGAUAUCGAUGAAGAGGGCAGGAUUUAUGCUCGAGGUACGCAGGACAUGAAGUCGGUGGGCACUCAGUAUCUAGGAGCGAUUCGCCUGCUGAAGGCCAGUGGAUUCCAGCCAAAGCGCACUUUUUAUGUGACCUUUGUUCCCGACGAGGAGAUUGGUGGGGAGUUGGGCAUGAAGGCUUUCGUUAAGACAGAUUACUACAAGGAAAUGAACGUGGGAUUCAGUCUGGAUGAAGGAGCCACAAGUCCGACUGAUGUACAUCAUUUGUUCUACGCCGAACGUUUGCGAUGGGCACUCAAAUUGAAAGCCAGUGGAACUUCUGGUCACGGAUCGUUACUGCUGCCCGAUACCGCCGGCGUAAAAUUGAAUUAUGUUGUAAAUAAGCUGACGGAGUUUCGCACCUCGCAAGUGCAGAGAAUGGCCAAGGACUCCAGUCUCAGUGCAGGUGAUGUGACCACGGUGAAUCUCACCCAGUUGAGUGGUGGAGUCCAGAGCAACGUGGUGCCACCGAGUUUCGAGGCAGUGUUCGACAUGCGAAUAGCCAUUACCGUGGAUUUGGUUGCCUUCGAGAAACAAAUUCGCGAUUGGUGCGAGGAGGCAGGAGGUGGCAUUGAGAUCGAGUUCUUUCGAAAGGAACCUUUAAUAGGACCAACCAAUAUGGAUAAUUCAAAUCCCUACUGGGUGGCUCUCAAAGCGGCCAUCGAUGAACUUGAUCUAAAGAUUCGUCCCAUUGUUUGCCCCGGCGCCACAGACAGCCGUUACAUUCGGGAAAAGGGAACCCCCGCCUUUGGAUUUUCACCCAUCAUAAAUACCACCAUGCGGAUCCAUGACCACGAUGAAUUCCUACAGGCCGACGUUUAUCUUAAUGGCAUUGAAGUGUACAAGAAGAUAAUUCGCAAUCUGGCUGAAGUCUAAAAACACUAUUAUAAACCACCAUAAAACCACCACAUGCAUUGCAUUUUAUACUUUUAUCCUAACAAAGAUUGUCUGAUUCUUACAAAGUGGUUACUUACUGGCUAUUUCUAUAACAUUAUCUUAUCAACUGCCAGCGUAUAUUUAAACAAAAGCUCUUUAUUUCAAAGAUUAAACGAAUUUAGUUUGCUGUAAAAAAGAAAUCUCUUUUAUAAUAUCAUUCAAUUAAUUGCUUAAAGAUGAUAAUUUUUUCUCUUCAGUAAUAAAAUUAAAGACUAAAUUGAAGAACAA